CCCUCUCAGUCCUCCAUCCGUAGCCGACAUCCACCGCGCCGGAGCCAGCUCAGCGACGCCGUCAACCACACUCCGUCCGCUUCGUCGGAUCUGCUUCCCCGACUCACUGGUUCAUCUUACCGGCUGGCGAGAUCGGUACACAAAGCGCCACCAUGAUCCACCGAACCAAAACGAACGGCCAACGCGCCACCUCCCCAGUCGACCAAGAUAUUCCCCUCGAGAAUGCCUACGAAGAAUCUCGGAGGCAAAAUAUCUUGCAGAAUAAGAUAAUUGCAGCCAAGCUCGGCAUACUGUGGAAUGGGACAAAAUCACCGCACCCCAAGUCGUUGCCGAGAUUUUUCACCCGUGUGAUGUGCCGCCAAAAGGACGAUUCCGUGGGGCAGCUGCUGAAGAAGCAGCUAGCCACUGCUCAUGUUCCUAACAAAGACAGUGAGCACACCAGUGAUGCAGACAUUGGUAGAAAGGAGGCGGGAUUUGGUCCUAUUGUUCUAGCAAGCAAUCAUUUGAGGGGCCGCCUAGGAUCAGCACAUCUGGAUCCUCCUGAGCUCAACAUUAAGGAGAAGCAAGUGACUGCUCAUGUCCCUGCCAAGCAGCAUUGUAGCACGAGAUGUCCGGAGUUCCGGUGA